CGCUGAAACCUCCUCUCUGUCAUAGAGUGGUUAUCAUACUGUAGUAACCCUCUUAUAAUUAACUGGUAAUUGCUAGACAACAAUGGAAAGUAAUCAACCAAAGAACACCAUGGAAUUAGAUCGUAGUAACAUGAAAGAGUUUUGGAUGGAGCACUCUAUACACGCCACAGUGGAGGAGAUGAUGCUGGACUCUCGUGCCAGGGAGCUGACUCAGCAUGAGCUGCCCGAGAUCCUAUCCAUGCUGCCCUGCCUGGCCGGAUGCAAAGUGCUGGAGCUGGGAGCCGGCAUCGGUCGUUACACCAGCCACCUGCUGACCAUGGCCAGUCAUGUGACCGCUGUGGACUUCAUGGAAAGCUUUGUGGAGAAGAACAGGCAGGACAAUGGUCACCAUAGCAACGCUACCUUCCUCCAAGCUGACAUCACAAAGCUGGAUAUCCCUCCAAACAGCAUUGACUUCAUCUUCUCCAACUGGCUGCUGAUGUACGUGAGUGAUGAGGAGCUUAAGUCCCUUAUAGAGAAGAUGAUGGUCUGGCUGCGGCCCGGGGGCUUUCUUUUCUUCAGAGAGUCCUGCAACCACCGGUCAGGUGACUCCAAGAGGGACUUCAACCCCACCUGCUACCGCACUGAGCAACAGUACAACGACCUGGUGUCAUCACUAGAAGUGGAGGGACCAGAGGAAGGCCAAAGGUUUGGUUUCGACAUUGUGUUGAGAAAGAAAGUCCAGGCCUAUGUUCAGAUGAAAAACAAUUCGAAUCAGAUCUGCUGGCUUCUGGAGAAAGUCACCCGCUCCACAAGCACCCAGAACAAAUUCAAAACCAUCCAGCAGUUCCUGGACAGCCAGCAGUACUCCAGACGCAGCAUCCUGCGCUAUGAGAAGAUGUUCGGGGCUGGUUACGUCAGCACAGGCGGGCCCAACACCACCAAGGAGUUUGUGGACCUGCUGAACCUGAAGCCCGGACAGAAGGUUCUAGAUGUUGGCUGUGGCAUUGGUGGAGGAGACUUCUACAUGGCAAAUAACUUUGGAGUGGAGGUGCUUGGCCUGGACCUUUCAGAAAACAUGGUGAACAUCGCCCUGGAGAGGGCGAUCACUGAGAAGCUGCCAUCAGUCCAGUUUGAGGUGGCUGACGCCACUAAGAGGACGUUCCCAGAAGGUUCCUUUGAUGUGAUCUACAGCAGAGACACAAUCCUGCACAUAGAUGGCAAACUGAACCUCUUCAAACGCUUCCAUUCAUGGUUAAAGCCAGGUGGCAGGUUGCUUAUCAGUGAUUACUGCUGCGGGGAGAAGCCCUGGACACCGGUGUUCGAGGCCUACGUCAAAGACAGAGGCUAUAUCCUGUAUACAACCUCACAGUAUGGCAAGUUCAUUCAGGAAGCUGGUUUCUGCAAUGUUGUGUCAGAAGACCGGACAGCCCAGUUCAUACAGGUGAUAAAGAAAGAGCUGCAGAGAGCAGAGGCCAUCAAGCAUGAAUUCAUUCAGGAAUUCUCUGAAGAGGACUAUUUUACAAUAGCAAACGGAUGGAGAGAAAAACUGGGACGUUCAAUCAGUGGAGACCAACAAUGGGGACUCUUUUAUGCAACAAGGGAUUGAGUGAUUGCACUAAGAAAGGAGAAGAUAAUAAAUGAAAGAAAAAAAGAAUGUUUCUUUCCUUAUUUCCUAUUUGACUUUUGUCUUUGAUGAGUUGCUUGUUUUAUUUAAAAAACACACCUUUUAAGGAUUUAAAUACA